CCAGCAGUUGACUGCCCUCGGCGCCAGUCGUUGAUUAACUCACACAGCACUCCGAGAUGCGUCUCUUUGCCACUGGGAGGGCCCUGCGCGCAAGCAGUGCCCGGUGGGCAAUUGCUCCCUCACGUCAGAGCGUACGCAUCCCACUCUCGCAGUUCUCGGAGCCCUUUGCCGUGAAGCGGAGAGAUUGGAGUUCGACGGCAAUCCGCCGAACAAACGAGAAUGCAGAUGGCAAUCAAAAGCCCUCCCUCCGGCCUUCAGUACCGCAAUCUUUGACCAUUGAAGGUCAGUCCUACCGCACAGAUCAGUGGACGAAUACCCCGGAUACGAUUCUCUCCCACAUCGGCCGCCGCCUAUAUCUCGAUGAGAACCACCCUCUAGCGAUUACGCGCCAACUGAUCGAGAGCCAGUUCCCUGGCCCGACAUACGGAAACUACACCGAGAAGAACCCUGUUGUGUCGACGGCGCAGAACUUCGAUGUCCUGGGCUUUCCCUUGGAUCACCCUGGUCGGAGUCGCACGGACACUUACUACAUCAACGAUAAGACGGUCUUGAGGACACACACCAGUGCUCAUCAGCAGGCAUACUUUCAGCAAAUCAAUCGCAAUGAGAGCACGCGUCCGGAGGAAGUUGGCUACACUGUCGUCGCUGAUGUGUAUCGGAGAGAUGCGAUCGAUCGCAGUCACUACCCGAUCUUCCAUCAGAUGGAAGGCGCUAUGCUUUGGAAACGUCCGGAUAAUGAGCCCUUGAAGCAUGCUAGUCAGACUGCCGCUACGAUCAUGGAGGAUCUCAAGAAGAUCCCUGCUCAUGACGUCGAGGUCGAAGACCCCAACCCUACGAUCCAUGCCCAGAGGAACCCCCUCCAGGCGGAAUAUCAUAGCGAGGAGGAAGUUGAGGCCAUCGCGGCGCACCUCAAGCGGUCUCUGGAGCGCAUGGUCAUAAAAAUCUUUACCGAGGCCAGCAAAGCUGCUGCUGGUAGCAGUGAACAACCAGAACCCCUAAAGGUCCGCUGGGUGGAGGCAUACUUCCCAUUUACCAGCCCGUCCUGGGAGUUGGAGGUAUUCUGGCAGGGUGACUGGCUCGAGGUCCUUGGUUGUGGUGUUAUCAAACAGGAGCUGCUGAACAACUCGGAUGUGCCCAACCGUGUCGGAUGGGCCUUUGGUAUCGGUUUGGAGCGUAUUGCUAUGCUUCUGUUCAACAUUCCGGAUAUCCGCCUGUUCUGGUCGCGUGACGAGCGAUUCCUUUCCCAGUUCCGCGCGGGUGAGAUCACUCGCUUCGAACCGUUUUCCAAGCACCCCGCCUGUUACAAGGAUGUCGCCUUCUGGCUGCCCUCUGCGUCUGUCAGCGGUGGCAGUGCGGCGGGCGGAGCUGCGCCCGUGCACGAGAACGACAUCAUGGAGAUCGUCCGCGGCGAGGCAGGAGACCUGGUGGAAGACGUCCAGCUGAUUGACGAAUUUACCCACCCCAAGACACACCGGAAGAGCAUGUGCUACCGUAUCAAUUACCGGAGUCUGGAGCGCACCUUGACGAAUGAAGAAACAAAUGACCUACAUGAGAAGGUCCGACAGAAGCUUGUGGGCUUGCUGGGAGUCGAGCUCCGCUGAUGGCAGCGAAUGUUAUUAUAAAUGCUCGCGAUGUACUAAAUGCCAAGUUACAGUUGGCGAGUCGAGUCUAUAUGUACAACAACUGUGUAUUACCAUGUUCAGAUGAAAUCACCUAUCCUCCAAAUUUAACCGAACGUUGGGCUAGGGAAGAUCUAGCCGCGGCUGCUUUCAU